GUCGUGGUUGUCGCUGUCUGAUGACGUAACACACUCUGUUUUUACCAUGGCAGCGGCUACCUUUGCUAACUGAAAGACAAAAUGUCAUUUUUGUAGCAGUUUCAGCGGCAACGAAUCUAGAAAAACAGCACAUCUCUCAGAAUGACGAACAGGACGUCAUAUUUCUAUGACCCCGACGUGGGCAACUUUCAUUACGGUGCCGGUCAUCCGAUGAAGCCUCACCGAUUGUCCCUGACUCACAGCCUGGUGCUGCACUACGGACUUUAUAAGAAAAUGAUGGUGUUUAAGCCAUACAAAGCGUCACAGCACGACAUGUGUCGCUUCCAUUCUGAAGACUACAUUGACUUCCUGCAGAAGGUCAGCCCUAACAACAUGCAGGGCUUCACCAAGAGCCUCAACACUUUCAAUGUGGGGGAUGAUUGUCCGGUCUUUCCAGGUCUUUUUGAGUUCUGCUCCAGAUAUACAGGAGCCUCGUUGCAGGGCGCCACUCAACUCAAUCACAAGAUUUGUGACAUCGCUAUCAACUGGGCCGGAGGAUUACACCAUGCUAAAAAGUUUGAGGCGUCGGGAUUUUGUUACGUCAACGACAUAGUCAUCAGUAUACUGGAGCUUCUCAAAUACCAUCCCAGGGUCCUGUACAUCGACAUAGACAUUCACCACGGCGAUGGCGUGCAAGAAGCCUUCUACCUUACCGAUCGUGUCAUGACCGUGUCCUUCCACAAAUAUGGGAAUUACUUUUUCCCUGGAACAGGUGACAUGUAUGAGGUCGGAGCCGAGAGUGGCCGCUACUACUGCCUCAAUGUUCCUCUCAGGGACGGCAUUGAUGACCAGAGUUACAGGCAACUUUUCCAGCCGGUUAUUAAGCAGGUGGUGGAUUUCUAUCAGCCGACGUGUAUUGUUCUACAGUGUGGAGCAGACUCUCUGGGUUGCGACAGGCUGGGCUGCUUUAACCUCAGCAUACGAGGACACGGCGAGUGCGUAGAGUUUGUGAAGAGCUUCAAGAUUCCUCUCUUGGUCCUGGGCGGAGGCGGAUACACAGUGCGGAAUGUGGCUCGAUGCUGGACCUUUGAGACGUCCCUCUUAUUGGAUGAAUCGAUCAGCGACGAGCUGCCUUACAGUGAGUACUUUGAGUACUUUGCUCCCGACUUCACUCUGCAUCCUGACGUCAGCACCAGGAUAGAAAACCAGAACUCCCGACAGUAUUUGGAGCAGAUCCGUCAGACGGUGUUUGAGAACUUGAAGAUGCUCAACCACGCUCCCAGCGUUCAGAUCCACGACGUCCCCUCGGACAUAAUGAGCUACGAACGCACCGAUGAGGCUGACCCCGAUGAGAGAGGAGGCGAGGAAAACUACACACGGCCGGAAGCAGCGAACGAGUUCUACGAUGGCGAUCAUGACAAUGACAAAGAAAGCGAUGUGGAAAUUUGACCUGCUUUGAAGGACUGGGGCGAUUUAUAACCAGCGGUUCGCCUCCUGCCUUUUUUAGGUCACUGACAAUUAUGAUGGACACACUGAAUAUCUGGACAUUUAAAAAUAUUCCUAGUUUCAAUGUUUUGUAUAUCUGUUUUCAUCAGAACUCGCCUGUAGUUUGCCCAGUUUUUAAAUGUGUCUUUUGUGAUCUUGUUCAUACUUUGACUGAGAGACACUCACCUGAUAUGCUUCAUUUUUUUCAUUUGUAAGGUUUGGGCACAACCUUAACAAUAAGCAGUUGCCGGUGAAAUAGUUGAUCUAAUUCAUCUGGAAGGCUCAUGCCCAAGAUGCUUUUACAGUCCGAACAUGCUACAGUGUCAAUUCCCUCUGACAUAAACAUUUCUCAUGUGCCUUUCUGUUCUCAUUGGUAGUACAUUAACUUCCGUUUGUUGCUGGAUUCUACAGCAGUGUAACAAGUGAACAUGUCACUGUAUAUUACACUAAAACAUUAUCUGGUAUAUGUAAGGACUGUCGUGUGCAGCAGUUUAGGUAAGUCAGUGAUUCACUGUUUGUAAACUAUGAAACUUGGUUGGCUGAUGCAAUCCAGUCUUCUUUUUAGCCAGAUUCUUGUGCUUUUGAUAUUUUUGCAGCAUUUUUUGUUAAAAUAAAAGGAUCAUGUCCA